CACCGAAACGAGCAAGAUGGCGCGUAGUGCCGGGCCGGGGCCCGGUUUGCCCGGGGCGGUCAGAUUAAUGGUGAUGCUGGUGCUGCCGGUGGUGCUACACCUCGGGGCGGAAGCACACGUUGCACUAACGUUUCCGCCCGCUCGCAAGUACGAUCUGGACUUUCUGGACAACUCGCGCACGAAACCACCGUGCGGAAUGCCGAAAGGUUCACUGAAAACAUCGUUCAUCGAGGGUAGCACCUUCAACGUGUCGUGGCAUCUUGCCUAUCCGCAUCGGGGUGGCUUCCGGCUGGAGAUACUCGAUGCGAGGGAGAAACCAGUGCUUAACCUAACGCCGAGCAGCAAGGAAAAGCGUUUUGUGCGUGAUGAUGUGACGGCUCAACAGUUCCAGGUAUCGCUUCCAAGGAAUUUCACCUGUCGGGAUUGUACGCUCCGGUUGGUUCGACAAGCCGACGAAUGGGGCGGUAACUAUCGCUUCUGGUCGUGUGCCGAUGUGGAUGUCGUCCCGAGACGCGAACAUCACGAAACCUGCUCCGGACAUGGCAAGUUCAUUGCGCGUUGCAAGUGUGACCGCAAGUACUACGGGCCACGGUGCGAAUUUUGGGAUGAAUGUGUCACGAAUCAGGACUGUGGCAUUCAGGGUACCUGUGUGGAUUUGGGUGGAACCUCACUGCCACGACGUCAGUGCUACUGCCGGUUGGGUUGGUUUGGACCGGGAUGUAACAAGAAAUCACCCAUCAAGUCAACCGAUAUUGACUAUUCCGUGUACAAGGCGAAGAGCCUAUCGCCGGACUUGAACGUGUACUGGCGUGUGCUGAGAGAGCAGAGCGAACUAGAAGUCGUCCUGAAAGUGAAUGGCACCUCCUGGGUGGCGUUGGGAUGGCGACCUCGUAAGCUAACUGCCGAAUGCAAAAACUUCCCACUAAUCACUGCACCGGGAGCUGCUGCAUCGUCGGAAGCGGGAGUUGCCGAACCGGAACCAGCCAGCGAACCAACAUCUGAACCAGAGCCCAACUCUGAACCGGAACCGGGAGCAGAGCCAAGUGCGGAACCGGGUGCAGAACCGGGCGCAGAGCCAGAACCCAAAUCAGAGCCAGAACCUGCAUCGGAACCUGGUGCAGAACCUAAUGCGGAACCAGAGCCAAACAGCGAACCGGAACCAGGCGCGGAACCAACCUCGGAACCUGCCAGUGAGCCAACGUCUGAGCCAGGUAAUUUUGUAGAGCCAAAAGGAGAGCCAGAACCAGAACCGGGUGCAGAACCUGGUGCAGAGCCAGAGCCCAAAUCGGAACCCGAACCGACUGGAGAACCAGAACCGGAAAGCGUCACCGAACCAACCCCCGAGCCGAAAGGACAGGCGAAGAAAGUUAAACGUGCAGCUGCCACAACGCCCGCCGCAGAACCCGAACCAGAACCCAAAACUGAACCAGCCUCCGAGCCGGCAGCAAAACCGAAACAAAAACCAACGGCAGCGGCUGGUCCGAAGCUUAAUCCGUACACACCGCGCCAUGACUUUAACCCGAUGGACUGUACGGACAUUGUGAUCGGUACGGCGCGAGGUGAUAAUCAUCGUGUUUGGGAUUAUUACACCCGUGAUCGUUCCACGCCACGGAUGGACUCGUUCUGGGGCGGCAAAUCGGAUCUCACGGCCACGGGAGGAUUUGAGCGGGAUGGUGUGACGACGAUCGUGUUCCGUCGACCAUUAGCGGCCUCUGAGCCGACCGAUCACGCGUUUGUGGAUGAUCUGAUGCAUGUGAUAUGGGCUCGUGGACAGGAACCGGGUGCUUACGUACAUUCACCACCGUCAGGGAUUGAGAAGGAGAUGGCAUCGGUGCGGGAGUUUUAUCAGCCGGAUGAGCUGAAGUACCAUGGUCAUCGUAUGCAGCGUGGUGUGACACAGAUCAACUUCCUGGAGGAGGAACGUAAAGUGCCGGCGGCGACAUCAGCUACGGGUGUCACCGUAACGCCGGACGGAGCGAUGGCAAGUGGUGAUGGGGUGAUUGUACCGGCUGGUCCGGUUGGACAUGAAUUGGAUAACGAUUGUCAUGGCUUCUACAAGUACCCAAGGACUUGCGAUCCAGAGCAGGCCAACUGCGAGUAUUUCAUUAGCUGGCAGACGGUGGCACGAGGCGAUGCUGUGCACUUCCAUCUGGAGACGAAGCACACAUCUAGCUGGACCGGUGUUGGCUUCAGCGAUGAUCAGCGCAUGUCCCAGACGGACGCCAUUAUCGGAUGGGUGGAUAAGAACGGUCGCCCAUUCCUGAUGGAUACCUGGAUCAAUGGCUAUUCGGCACCAAAGUUGGACGACCGUCAGGAUCUGUACAAUGCUUCCGGUGCAAUCCAGAAUGGACGGACCGUGUUGGACUUUACGCGAAAACGUAUCACUGGCGAUGAGAGUGAUCUGGCGUUUGCGGAAGAUCGCUGUCUGUACAUGAUGUUCCCAAUUGAGGGCGGUGUGUUUAAUGAAUUGAACAAGAAGCUUGGCAAGCAUGCCUCCGUACCGUAUGUGACGGAUACGCGCGUCUGUAUUAAAUCGUGCGCGAAACAGUUCGAACAGUUGCUGAACGUUGCUGCUACACCGGCGCCGGAUCGCAUCGCUUACGGGGCGUCGAUUAAGCUGACGAAUUUGGCGGCAGGCUUCCAGGUUCCGGCCAGCGGUACACCGGAGCAUCGUGAUCUAGCGAAUUCGGUUAAGGACACAUUUAACGGUGUACUACGGGAGGUUCCCGGAUUCUACAAAACGGAUGUGCAGGAGUUUGAGAAAGAUGCUGAUGGAAGUGUUGUGGUGAGAAUGAAUAUAUUGGUCGAUAAGGAGAUGAAGGAUGGCACCAAGAACCCGCUAGCAGACGAUCCGGCCAAGUUAGAACUAACACUGCACAAUUUAAUGGUGAAUAAUCUGUCGUCGGGUAAGGUGGGUGCGUUGUCCGUUGAUCCGAGCUAUUUGGAGUUUACUCAACUAGAGGGACAAGCAUCAGCUCCUAAAGAGGAAUACGAUCUACUACCGGCCGGUGUACGAUUAUACCUGAUCUUGGGAUGCAUUGCUGGUUUGGUAUUUAUAGCCAUCGUUCAGGCGACUUGCACUAUCAUCAAGACGCGAAGAACCAAUCGUCUGAAGGAUCAGUUGAUUCCCAACUCAGCCUGGAAAGACUACUCCUCCAACACCAACUACGCGUUCGAUAACUUUGAGCCAGAAUCCAAAAAUCACAAAGGACGCUCGUCCGAUCGUGGGUACAGCAAUGGUAACAGUCAGCAGACAACCUUGCAGAUGUCCCACUCGCCCAAUAAAUCGCAGUACUACGAGAUCGAUCGUACGGACGGUGGAGGUAUGCCAGCGCACCGAAAUGGCAACUCAGGCUAUCCUUACCCGUCGGGUCAACCACGCCACGGAUACGAUCGUACCGGAGAUCGAUCCUCGUAUGCUGAUCGGGCGUAUUCGCUGCCUCGCCCUAUGCAUCAGCAACAGCAGCAACAGCAAAUGCAGCAGCGACAUCAUCAAGAGAUGCAAUCCCGUCCCACCAACGACUACUACACGCAGGACCGUCGUGGAAAGUCACGCAACAAUGGUAGCCACUAUGCUGGCAACGGUCAUCAGCAUCCAUCGCAGCAGCAUCAGCAGCAUCAGCAGCAGCAGCAACAGCAGCGACCCAUGCCGGAUUCGUCCGAUCUGUACUUUACACCAACGCAACGAAAAUACUCUGGCGAGGUCGUGCGAGUGUUUGUCGAUUACAACAAGGAUAAGAAGUAA